AUGCUCUGUGAGCUGGAGAGAAGAGGAAGCACCAUUGUACUGGGAGUGGAAAGGUGUCUGGUUCCAGUAAAGGGUACACUGGUGAAUGUGAUGGUGGCAGCUAACAUUCCGAGUACUUGGGGACUCCAGGGAGAAUGUAAGGGUCUGAUGUUUGGCAUCUUUAUGGCCAGCGGCCGGGGCGGAGGCCCGGGACGACGCGGCGCGGAGAGGGACGGCGGGCGGGCGGGCAGUGGGAGCGCCGGUCUCUAUAUGGCGGCGGCUCUGUCGGGCCUGGCUGUCCGCCUCUCGCGCUCGGCCGCCGCCCGCUCCUAUGGGGUCUUCUGCAAGGGGCUGACCCGCACACUGCUUAUCUUCUUCGACCUGGCCUGGCGGCUGCGUAUCAACUUCCCCUACCUCUACAUCGUGGCUUCCAUGAUGCUUAACGUGCGCCUGCAGGUUCAUAUUGAGAUCCACUGAAGGCCCUCCCCUGAUUGACAAAGGUGUUACCCCAGGCUCACUGCAUCAAAGAAUACAAAACAUGAGGGACGGAGGAGGGACCCUCGGCAUCUGCCUGA